UGCAUUCAUCCACGGAGAGAGCAGCAAGAGAAAGAGAGCCAUGGAUGCCUUCUUAGUGCUUCUAUGUAUGCCUUUCAUUUUUGUUAUGUUCUCUCAUUGUUAUUACCGCAAAACAAAGCAUUCAAAUGGGCAAGCAGCUGAGCUCCCACCAGGCCCUAAGCCAUGGCCUCUCGUGGGCUGCCGCCCAACAAUGUUGGCCACCAACUUGCCAACCUACAAAUGGAUCCAUGCAGUAAUGAAGCAAUUCAACACUGAAAUUGCUUGCAUACGUCUUGGAAGUACUUACAUAAUUCCUGUGGCUUCUCCACGGCUCGCUCUUGAGUUUCUUAAAACAUAUGAUUCUAUCUUUGCAUCACGUUCCUCCAUUUCGAACACGGUCGAUAUUCUAAACCGUAGAUGUGUCACCACCAUAUUUGCACCCUUGGGACAACAAUGGAGGAAGAUGAGAAGAAUUCUUGCAUUAGAAGUACUCAAUCCAUCAACUCUCCAUCGAAUGCUUGGCCAUAGAAACGCCGAGGCUGAUACUCUUUUACGCUAUAUUUUCAGCCAAACAAGUACUAGAGGUGGAGGUGUGGUUAAUGUUAGAAGCGUAACACAACAUUAUUGUGGUAACAUAAUGAGAAGAAUGUUAUUCAAUCAAAGAUACUAUGGCAAAUGGAGAGAAGAUGGAGGGCCAACUUUCGAAGAAGAAGAGCAUGAUCAAGCAUCGUUGACAAUUAUUAGGCAUCUUCACGCAUUUUCUAUAUCAGAUUUCAUGUCUUGGUUGAAGCCAUUUGAUUUAGAUGGACACGAGAAAGUUAUGAAGAGUGCGUUGAAUGUCGUUCAAAAGUUUGAUGAACCCAUUAUAGACGAGAGAGUUCAAAGAUGGAAAGAUGAAAAAUUGGAAGAGGUGAAGGACGACAUUCUUGAUAUCCUCAUUUCACUCAAAGAUGAAAAUGCAAAACCAUUGCUAUCUGUCGUAGAGAUUAAAGCUCAAAUCAUGGAGUUACAAAUUGCAACGAUAGAUAAUCCUUCAAACGCAGUAGAAUGGGCAAUGGCGGAGUUACUAAACCAACCAAAAAUUCUUGAAAAAGCCAUUGAAGAAUUGGACAAAGUAGUUGGAAGAGAAAGGCUAGUUCAGGAAUAUGAUAUCCCAAAUCUCAAGUACCUCACCGCUUGUAUUAGAGAAUCAUUUCGACUUCAUCCAUUUUCACCUUUCAACGUUCCUCAUGUCUCAAACACGGACAUCAUAGUGGCGGGUUACUUCAUUCCAAAAGGUAGUGAAGUGUUGCUCAGCCGUACAGGUCUAGGCCGAAACCCAAGGAUUUGGGAGGAUCCAAUGAGGUUUAAUCGAGAGCGUCACCUAAAUGAUAGGACAGUGGAAUUGGGAUUAUUAGAACCCAACCUGCGAUUCAUGAGCUUCAGUAGAGGGAGAAGAGGGUGCCCUGGUAGCUCACUUGGCACUAACAUUACUAUGAUGCUAUUUGCAAGACUUCUACAAGGCUUUUCAUGGAGCUUACUGCCAGGAAUCACAAAGAUAGACUUCUCCCAAGCUGAUGAACUCUCUCUCCCAAAGCCAUUGCAUUUGCUUGCAAAGCCACGCUUAUCUCAUGUUAUGUACCCUCCAUCUUCUCUCCCUUUGCCAUAG